UAUGUGUUAAUGUGUAGAUAUUUUAUUAACGAGUCACAAAUUAAGAUAAAACAAAUAAUAUGAAAUUGUAAUUAACAAAACGAAAUAUUUAAGGCCAGUGAAAAAAAAAAUUGUACAAAAGUAGAUAAGAAACAAAAGAAGCCAUAAAAAAUCUAAAAAAAAUAUUUUGAACGACCUGCUUAGAAUUUGUGUCAAUUUUUUUUUUGUUAACACGACAAAAAUCAUAAAUUUGGAUAAUUUGGCAGAAAUUUAAUUUAAAUUCCGCACGAGACUUCACACAAUAAAUUUUAGAAAAAAAAAAAUGAGUCGCAAAGUUGAUACUUCGUUCAUCCCCGAUUUGCCGGCAGGAGCUUUAGACGAGCAUCGUGCGAAACAUCUCGAUUGGAAGCGCCUUCGACUGGUUUUUGAGCCAGAAUCUGUUCUCAGAAUAAAAUAUCAUGUCUGGGAAGUACUUGAAAAAGAUCCGUUAUUCCGGAAACCACUUUGUACAUUGCCAGUUGAUGAGCAGAAGAGACGAGCUGCGGUUCAAAUGAAUCGUGUUGCGGAUUAUAAUUUUGCUCCGAAGGAAGUUCAGGAGGAUGCGUACAAGCCAAGGAUUCGUCACUUGAUGAGCGUCAACGAAGCCCUUUUCGCCAUUUGCCCGAGUCUCUCCGUAAAAAUGGCUCUCGGCAUCGGUUUAUUCACGAAUGCCAUUCUCGCCAUGGGCUCCGAGCGUCACAUGCCCAUUUUCCACGGAGCUUUUAAUCGCGAAGUUGUCACGUGUCUCGCCAUUACCGAAGUCUCGCACGGCAGCAAUACCAAAAGAAUUCGAACAACAGCCACAUACGAUCCAAAAACACAAGAAUUCAUCAUCAACACGCCAGAUUUCGAGGCAGCCAAAUGUUGGGUUGGAAAUUUGGGCAAAACAGCAACAAUCGCUUUGACGUUUGCCAUUCUUUACACGCCCGAUGGACAAAAUCACGGUUUGCACGGGUUUUUGAUACCAAUUCGCGAUCCAAAUACGUUCCAACCGUAUCCGGGAGUGACUGUCGGCGACAUUGGGGAGAAAAUCGGGUUGAAUGGCAUCGAUAAUGGCUGGGUGAUGUUCAAUAAUUACCGGAUUCCGCGAAUUAAUUUGCUAAAUCGCACGGGAGACGUCACGGAAGAGGGAGUUUAUGAGAGUGUUUUUACCGAACCGAGCAAAAUGUUGGGCGCAGCGUUGGAAUCUUUCUCUGCGGGACGUUUGGGGAUCAUGCAAGAGUCGUCGAACACGAUUUCGCAUGCAGCGGUGAUUGCAGUUCGUUAUGCGGCGUUGAGGAAACAAUUUGGUUACGAGAGAAAUGGGAAGGAAGUACCAAUUAUCGAGUAUCAAAUGCACCAAUGGAGAAUUUUUCCGUACCUCGCAGCUGCUUGCGUAAUGAAAGUUGCCGUUUUUGAGUUGACCGAAAUUUAUUUAGAAACCAUACAAAAAUCUCAGAAGGAACAAAAUGGCUUCGAAAUGCUCUCACAAGCUGUUGCUGAAAUCCACGCUUUAGUGACGUCAUCGAAGGCGAUAUCGACAUGGACCACUCGUGAUGCCCUCCAAGAGUGUCGAGAGGCUUGCGGAGGUCACGGAUUCUUAAAAGCUGCCAAUUUAGGAGAUUUGCGGAACAAUCAUGAGCCAAGUGUGACGUACGAGGGCGAUAAUAACGUCUUGGGACAACAAGCAUCGAACUGGUUGCUGCGUCAAUGGAACGAAAAAGUCGAAAGUCCCUUUGGAAUUGCCGAAUUUAUCAAUCGGAGGGACGAAAUUCUGCGACAAACCUUCGAACAGAGUAAAAUUUUGUAUGGCGGAGUGACAAUUGAAUUUCUUUUACAUUGCUACGAAUGGUUGAUGUGUCAUUUACUCACAAAAAUUGCGGCGGAAAUGAACGACGCGAAGAAAAAUGGAAAGAAUCUCUUCAAAACGCGAAAUGACACACAAAUUUACAAGGCGAGGACAUUAACGCGCGCUCUUGCCGAGUACUACAAUUUGCGAGUUUUUCUGAAUAGGUGCAAGAGAAAUGACGUUACGCGCGAAAUGAAGCCCGUUUUGAAGCAAAUUCAGCUGAUUUAUGGAUUGUGGUCGUUGGACAAGCAUCUGGCGACGUUCUAUAUCGGGGGAUUUGCGAAUGGCGCGGAAUUUGGGGAUUUGGUAAGAGAACAACUGCUGGAUUUGUGUGCGAAAUUUAAAGAUGUUGCAGUGACCGUUGCUGAUUCUAUCGCGCCGCCAGACUGGGUGCUGUGUUCUGUUAUUGGAAAAGCAGAUGGAAAGCUGUACGACAACCUACAAAAAGCAUUUAUGACAAACCCAGGUGCCAUGGAACGCGCUGAAUGGUGGGAGGAAAUACUUCCGCGAAAACUAAAGCUACCGGCGGCAAAGCUUUGAGUACCUUAAAAAAAUUGUCAAAAUUUUAUCGCCUGCAUGUCUUUUGCUUUAAUUAUUGAAAAAAAAAUUGUAAAUGAAUAAAAAGUUU